GACCUGUGCGUCAUACACACCCCUACAUCCUCCUGAAUUAGUUCUACUGGGAGACUUUAUGGUCAGAGCCGCGGGAGGGAAUUCUAAGGAAAUUCUGAAGCAGAUAGAAAUAGGUUCUCCUGAAGUCCCUUCUCCCCUGAGUCUCCAGAGGGCCUCUCCCAUGAUGAACCUGACCGGUGCUAUUCUACUUCUCUCGUUGGUGUCGCUAGUCCAUGGUGCCUGCUCUCUCAAUGGGAGGAACAGAGGAGACCUCUAUGACUGCCCAGCAGAUGUGUACAUUGUUCUGGACACCUCAGAGAGUGUGGCGCUGAGAGCCAAGCCCUACGGCUCCUUUGUUGAUCAGAUCAAGCAGUUUGCCCUGGACUUUGUGGACCAGCUCAACACUAGAUACUACCGCUGUGAGCGUAACCUGACGUGGAGUGUGGGAGUGCUGCACUACAGUGAUGAGUUAAAGGUGAUGAGGGAGCUGACCAGCACCAAGAGGCCCAAGGAAGAGCUCAGCUGAAGAGCUCAGCUGAAGAGAGCCAUACAGGACAUCCGCUACAUCGGCAAGGGAACCCACACCUACUGUGCCAUCUCCGUAGCAACUGGGCAGCUGAUGACAGGCUCUCCUCUCCAUGGCAACAAGUACAUGGUGGUGGUGACAGAUGGCCACCCGCUGGACGGCUAUAAGGAGCCGUGUGGCGGGGUGGCAUACACCGUGUCUGAGGCCAGAGCCAUGGACAUUAAAAUCUUCAGCGUGGCAAUCACUCCGCAUCACCUGGACAACAGACUUGGUUCCAUAGCAACAGAUGUACAACACACCCAUAACAUGUCUGCUACUAGUGAGGACCCGCAGGUUGUUAGGAACACCAUCAGCUCCAUAGUAUCUACCAUGUACAAGGAUUCUGAAUCUGUGUGCUGUUCGUUCGAGUGCAAGGCUCCCCUGGGAUCUCAAGGCCCUGCUGGUGCAGGAGGGGGCGCGGGAACUCCAGGACGUCAGGGGGUUGCCGGGAGACCGGGAAGUUUGGGAGCAAAGGGGACUGCAGGUGACCAGGGACCCCAAGGACACAGAGGAGAGAAGGGUGACCAUGGUCCUACUGGUGACAGAGGUCCAAGAGGACCAUCUGGACAAAGGGGUGAGAAAGGAGUGGAUGGAGUGGACGGGAAAGACGGCCUUGUGGGGGACCCUGGGGUUAUGGGGCUGCCUGGUUGUAAAGGAGACGAGGGGGCAGAGGGGGAGCCAGGUCCUCUGGGACAGAAAGGAGAUGCAGGAUCUUAUGGAUUUCCUGGACAAAAGGGAGAGAUGGGAACACCUGGGGAGCUAGGGGUUUCUGGAGUGUCUGGAGCCAACGGAGCCAAGGGGGACUUUGGACCGUUUGGAGUGCCAGGCACAGAGGGUGUAGGGGGAGAGAGGGGACAGAGGUGCUACAGGAAUAAGAGGUGGUCAAGGGGAGACGGGUGACCCAGGCUCUGCUGGAGCACAGGUCAGGCUGGAGACGUGGGUUCACAGGGUCUGAGUGGAGUGUCUGGGCUCAAUGGGUACAGAGGAGAGCCAGGUUCUCAUGGACCUGCGGGUGUUAAGGGCCCCAGGGGGCCUCCAGGAGCACCGGGAGAUACAGGGCCCAUUGGGAAAAGGGGUGAUGAUGGAACACAGGGAGAAGGCCAACCUGGAUAUCCAGGGUUUCAGGGAUAACCUGGUCUGAGAGGACCUGCAGGUUUAAAGAAGGAGCUAGGAUCACGAGUGGGUGUAGUUCAGUACAGCCAUGACGGCACCCAGGAGCUGGUAUCUAUGGAGGACCCCAAGAUCACCACAGGAGCACAGCUCAAAAGCUCGGUGAGAAACAUGCGCUGGUUUGCCGGUGGUACGUACACGGGAGAGGCGCUGGAUUUUGCCCGGCAGGCAUUCGGCAGCUCCCAGCUGAACGGAAAGGUGGCCGUAGUCUUGACGGACGGAUGGUUGGACACCCGCCGGGACGCCAAACCGCUGUCCUCCCUCUGCUCUGUGCCCAAUAUAAGGUUGAGGGAUGGCAAUGGGACUGGGCAAUGGGAUGGGGAGAGUGGGCAUUGGGCUGAAGGAAAUGUAUAGGUUGGGGAUGAAGAGAUGAUGUCAGGACUAAGGGUCCAUUUCAUUAGACAUAAAGAGAACCAUCUCUCUCUCCUCCAAGUCCGCCAUUUUGUGUCAAAGCCUCAGUAUGUCCUCCAUCUUGGCUCCUCAGGUGGUGGGCAUUGGCAUAGGUGACAUCUUCAGACAGGCGUCCUACGCCACCAUGCUGGAGGAGAUCACCUGUCUGGGCACAGCCUCACCUGGACUCUACCUGAAGAUUACAGACCACGUGCAACUGCUGGAGGACUCCUUCUUCAACAACGUUACUGGCUAAAUCUGCCAAGCCAACUUCCAGGAAGCUACAGACAUAGUCUUCAUGUUGGAUGGCUCCUCCAGUGUGGGCCAGGCCAACUUCUACAGAGCCAGAGAGUUUGUUGAGAGCAUGGCCGCCAGGCUGCUGUCACAGGACCGGGGAGGGCUGCUCCGCCUGUCUGUCAUGCAGUACAGCGAUGGGCAGCAGCAGAGAGUGGAGGUGCCCUUCGCUGCCAGGGUUGAGGAUGUGCAAACAGGGCUAGCAGCUACGCUCUACAUGGACGGGGCCACCGGCUGCCCUGGCCUUCCUGACCUCCACCCUCCAGAGGGAGGGCCGCUCUGCUGUCCCCAGAAAAGUGGUGGUGUUCACAGACAGCAGGUCUGUGGCCUCUGCCCGGGCUGCUAUCCCCGAAGCCGCCGCCCGGGCAGAGAACACACAGCUACUGGCCGUCACUGUGGGCGAGGGCUUUGACGAGGUGGGCGUGUGCCACCUGGUGACGGGACAGGCGAACGAGUUUGAUUACCACGUCGUGGAUAGUCGUGUCCACCGAGUGGCGCUGUACAGUGACCUGGCCAGACAGGUGGUCAUGCAGAGCCUGGCUAGAAAGCUCUCUAAAGCUCUCUGAAGCUCUCCAAAGCUCUCCGAAGUUCUCUAAAACUCUCUAAAGCUCUGUAAAGCUCUCUAAAGCUCCCCGAAGCUCUGUGAAGCUCUCUGAAGUUCUCUAAAGUUCUCUAAAGCUCUCUGGAGCGUUCUAAAGCUCUCUGAAGCUCUCCAAAGCUCUGUAAAGCUCUCUGAAGCUCUCUGUAGCUCUCUAACGCUCUUAAAGACCUCCCUACUACUGAAAUGUCUAUGAAUUGUCCGGUUGUGCCAUGUAUUAGGCCAUUAAGAAAUUAGAUAGAUAUGGUGCACAUUUUAUACUUUUGUGUUUUCCUUCUGCCUUUUAGGGCCUCCUGCUUUUCAUGUGAAAUAAAAUGAAUAUCUUUGUCAUAAGAA